CCUAAUACAUUGCUACAAAUUGCUGCACAAUAGACAAAGCCUCAUUUUCUGUCUCUUUUGUGGACAUCAAACAUGGAUGGUAUUCAAACUAUUCUGAAGUUCCUUAUUAACCAGAAAACUGCCAUUGGUUACAGUUUUAUGGCUCUACUUACAGUGGGAAGUGAACGUUUAUUUUCUCUUGUUGCUUUCAAGUGUCCCUGCAGCAGUGAAAACUUCAUCUAUGGUUUGGUAUUUCUCUUUGCCCCAGCUUGGGUGUUGCUAGUUAUUGGGUAUUUCAUGAAUAGCAGGAUGUGGAAACUUUUCACAGGCUGCUGCCUGAAUCCUAGGAAAAUAUUCCCCAAAGGGAACAGCUGCCGGUUUUUUUAUAUCUUUGGACAAAUCACUCUAAAUGUUCUAAUAGCUCCUGUGAUGUGGCUGUCUGUGGCUUUGCUCAAUGGAACUUUUUAUGAAUGUGCCAUGAGUGGCUUGAAAUAUCCAAGAUACUUAAACACACUCUGCAGCAACAAAUCUGUCAGGUGCUGGGAAGAGCUGCACAAAGUAACUUGUGGCAAAACCACUAUGCCCUCUUCAGAGAGUGAGGAAUUAAAACUGACGCUACAAGCACAGUCUCAGAUCCUAGGGUGGUGUGUGAUAGUCACUACAGCUCUUUUGUCUUUGUUAACCACCUGUUGUGCCAGGUGCCAAUCUAAAAUCAGCCACCUCCAAAUGAAGUUCUGGAGGGUCUACAUAGAGAAGGAGAGAGAAAAAUUGGAACAACUUUUCCAACUCUAUGCUACCAAACUCAGUGAACGAAACCUGACAAGCUUUUUUGAGAACAAAGAACCAGAAGCCUUUCCUAUGCCAACCUUCCAGGCAUGGGAAGAUGCUUCUCAACUCUAUUCUUUCAACAGCAGUGAGCAGCACUACAGCACCCUUCACAGACUGGUCGAAGAUGGCAAGAAAGACAUCAGUGAGGAAAGAGAAACAAUGCUGGACUUUGUAGAUGAACUGGAAAGGGUAUAGAUAAUAGCCACAUUCAGCCUUUUUAAAUAUUUUGUUAAUAUGAUAUAUUUUUAACAGUUGUAAUCUUUAUAAUGGCCUCUCUUUCUCCCUCCUUUCUUUCCCUCCCAACCAGUGGGAUGACAAUUAUGUAUGGAAGGCACACAUUGCAUGCUCAACUGGCUGUGCACUAUCCAAUUGGCAGCCCAGAUCCAUUCUGUGGGACAAUUCCAGUCCAGCUCCAAGAUGGUGUCCUCUCUACAGCAUGAACUCACACACAAUGCGUGAGAUCAUGCUGCAUGGCAGAUGCCGUUUUGGAGAGCCUAAGGCAUGCAAAUGAGUUGUUGCAUUGUGCCAUGCUAAAACUGUCAGUGGAUACCAACGUUCCCAGUUAUAUGCCUGCUCAAAAACAAACAAAAAAAAACCCAACAAAAAUGUGGGAAAAAGCUCUUCUGUGCUUCAGCCUAAAUCAAACCUCACAAGAGUCAAUGGAAAUCUUUCAACUUAGUUCAGUGGGCUUUGGAUCAGACCCAACGGUAUAAAUAAUUCAGCACAGAUUUUGAUUAGAAGAUUUGUUCAGUGUCAACAAAUAUGUCAGACAUCAAGACUGGUAACAUAAAAAACCUGUAGGAGAACACUUGUGUCUCCCUAGACAUUCAGUAAAAGAGAUUUCAAAGUGGCCACCCUCAACAAAAAUACUUCAAAAAUAGACUUCAAAGAUACUGUAGAGCUGCAAUUCAUUUGCAAAUUUGAUACUAUCCAUCUGGGUUGGAAUAGGAACUGGAAAUGGUUCACUACAAAAGCCAGUUUUCUUCGUAUUCAAAUCUCCUCAUCGAAUGUUGAGAGUGGGCCACAUCCAGUCUGACAGAAUUGGCCUUGUUAGCACUACUCCUCCACUUAUCCUCCACUAAAUAAAGUAAGUCCCUUCUUUUCAAAUGCUAAUAUAUUUAUAUCUGCAUCUGUAAUGUCCAUCUGACGAAGUGGGCUUUUGCCCACAAAACCUUAUGCACAAAUAUAUCUGUAAAUCUUUAAGGUGCCACAGGAUUCCUCGUUGUCUUAACAAAUAUACUAGUUCUUUGUGUACCACAUGCAACAUGCUAGAUCAUUUAUUGUAAAUAAAGGAAAUAUCACAA